ACGAAACAUUUGGGUUCAACCGGGGAGUUAUUGCAGUUUCAUCACUGGAGUAAUUUUUUGCAGGAACAUUUUUUCCUAGCAAAUGAAGAAGCCUGCUCUUGGAAGGUGGAGCUCAUGAUUAUUACAGUACUCCGAAAAAUUAAAAGAUGUUGAGGCUCUCGCGUCCCAGGUCAGACAUUAAUGCAGGCAUAAACAAGCCUGCUCCGUCAUCUCGAGCGGUGUGGAGGUAGGCUUUUUUUUUUUUUUUUAUUCUUCUCGUACAUUUAUAAUAGGUCUGAUCAAUGAUCAUAUCAUUUUUUGUUUUUCCCACUGCAAAGUUUGCUCAUUUUUCUUUCCGAGAAAAGCCAUUUUUUUUUAAUUUCUCUAUGUAUAUAUAUAUGCAUCCAUACAAAAUCACUAUCCACAGAAACUCCACGUUUCAUUAACUUGCUCUAGUUACUUGAUGAUAUUUGGGGGAAUCUUGCCUUUUGUGAUCCUUUCUACCUACCAAGUGUCCAAGUGUUUCAGAACUUGUUGCAAUUUGAAAUUUUCGCUAUCUUAUGUAAUAUCAAGCAAGUUUUCAAAGCAAAAUAUACCUUUGUUUGAUCACAUACUCUGGAAUUUCUGUGUUUUUGGUGAACAAAAAAAUGGAACGGACUGUACGUAGGCCUGCAACAGACCUCUCUGAUAUAGUGCUCUCAUGGUCACUUGAAGACAUUCUUAAUGAGAAUCUUUAUAAACAUCAGGUUGAGAAGAUUCCACACACAUUCUCCUCAUGGGACCAUUACCUGUGUUGUUAUACAUUUCCCUUAUUUGAAGAAACUCGGGCAAAUGUCCACUUGUCUAUGAACGUAUUGGACAAGGCUCCAUCUGCUGAAGUGAUCGUUUUUGAAAAGGCUGGACUUGAGGAUGACUGCUUUGAAGUGUCCAAUGAACCUCAAGAAGUUCUUUAUUAUAAUGUCAAGGUUGAAUUUUGCAAGAAAAGUGGAAUAGAUGAUGGAGCGCAUUACAGAACAUAUCCUGGAGAUUUAGUAUUAAUCUCAAACAAAAAACCGGAAACUGCUUUUGAUUUGAAUCGUGUUGGCUGGAAUUGGACACUUGCUUCCGUUGUUAAGGUCACCGAUGAGAAGAACAAAGAUGGCAAUUUGUCCACAAUUUUGAAAGUCAAAAUGCCUAUAAAUCCCGGGGCAACAAUUGGAACCCUUGAAAAAAUUCAUAUUGUUUUCUUAACAAACAUUGCAACAAGUCAAAUGAUUUGGGAUGCAUUAGGAAUGAACAAGAAUUUGAACAGUUUUGAAACCAUUUUGUACAAAAGCUCUCAGGUCGAAAAGAAAUGCUUUGCCUGCUCUCUGGAUGCUGACAUUAGAUCAUCAUCAACAGAGAAGAUAGAGGACAGCUUAAUGUCCAAGCUGAAUGAGUCACAAGCCAAUGUCGUAGUUACUUGUCUUGGAAGGGUGAAAUGUGACCAAAUGUCUCAUGUUGAUCUUAUAUGGGGGGGCCCUGGUACCGGGAAGACAAGUACUGUUAGUAUACUCCUGUUUAUGCUCUUGAAAAGGAAGUGCAGAACACUUAUUUGUGCACCUACAGAUGUGGCAAUAACCCAAGUUGCCUCUCGGGUGGUAAAGCUGAUAAAAGAGUCAUUUGAAGAUGGGUGUUCCAAGAAGAAUAUGCUAUAUAAUCAGUUGGGGGAUGUGCUCUUAGUUGGAAGCAAUGAUAGGUUGAAGUUGGGCGAAGACACUGAAGGGAUAUUCCUAAACCAUCGUGUCGAAAGACUUGUUCAGUGUUUGGGACCUGAAAAGGGUUGGCAAUGCUGCAUUCAUUCUGCAAUUUGUUUUCUUAAAGAAUCUAUUUCAUGGUAUGAAAUCUUCACAAAAAAUAAUUUAAACAAAAAUAUAGAGUUGAUGGAAAAAGGUGAAACCAUAAAGGAAGUUGCAGGAGCAAUAAAGCCUUUUCCAAAAUUUAUUAAACCAAGGUUUGAAGAAGCAGUAUCACCACUCAGAAGAUGCAUGUUAACAAUGUGUACUCAUAUACCAAGGACUUUCAUCCAAGAACACAAUUUCCAAUCUAUCAUUUCCCUGUUUUGCCUUCUGGAUGCUCUUGAAGACACUAUAUAUGAGAAGAAUAUGACACCUGAUGAACUGAAAAAGAAUUGUCCACAGCCCGUAAUUUCUGCAGUUUCCUCUGAGUCAUUUGUAGAUGCACCUUUUGCCUGCUUGAGCAAGCAGUGCCUCAUCGUUCUGGAAAACCUUCUGCAUUCUCUUGGUGAACUUCGUCUUCCAAGUGGAAAACAUAGAGAAACCAUAGUGGAGUUCUGCUUCAGGUUUUCAUCCUUGGUUUUCUGCACCUCCUCAAGUUCUUAUAAGAUGCAUUUAAUGGAUACGGCACCAUUCAAGUUAUUGGUAAUUGAUGAAGCUGCUCAGUUGAUGGAAUGUGAAUCGCUUAUACCACUUCAACUUCGAGGCCUGAAGCACGCAAUUCUUGUAGGUGAUGAGUUUCAAUUGCCGGUGACUGUCCAUAGCAAAGUGUCAAAUGAAGCUGGUUUGGGAAGAAGCUUAUUUGAAAGGCUAAGUGCAUUGGGUCAUUCAAAGCACAUGCUUAAGGUGCAGUACAGAAUGCAUCCUUCAAUAAGCCACUUCCCUAAUUUGAAUUUCUAUAACAAGCAAGUUAUGGACGCUCCAGAUGUGUGUAGCAAACUCCAUGAGAGGCAUUAUCUUCUGGGAAGGAUGUAUGGCCCAUAUUCUUUUAUAAGUGUCCCAAAUGAAAAUGAAGAAUUUGAAGGUUUUGACGAUACCAGAAGAAAUAUGGUUGAGGUGGCUAUAGCAGUUGAAAUAGUGCAGAAGUUGUUCAAAUAUUGGCGUAACACGGGAGACAAGCUUAGCAUUGGUAUUGUAUCCCCCUACACUGCUCAAGUUGCUGCUAUAAAAGAUAAUAUUGGCAGCAAGUAUGACAAUCUUAAUGGAUUUGCGAUUAAGGUUAAGUCUAUUGAUGGCUUCCAAGGUGGAGAAGAGGACAUCAUAAUAUUAUCAACUGUGAGAUCCAAUUGUACUGGCACAGUCGGUAUUAUGUCUAGUUUGCAAAGCACUAAUGUUGCUCUGACCAGAGCCCGGCACUGUUUAUGGAUAUUGGGAGAUGAGAGGACCCUAAUGUAUAGCAAUUCCGUUUGGGGAGGAUUAGUCCUGGACGCAAAGGAGCGUCAAUGCUUAUUCUCUGCUGCUGAAGAUGAUGAUCUGCAUAGUAUCUUAUUCAAAAAUCAAAGAGGGAAGGAUAAUGAUGUCAUUGAGAAGAGUAGGAAUUCUGAAAGUGUGGGUUGCAUCACGGGACCAGUUCGGUGGAUCCCCGACCAGUCUGCUUGUAAUCCCAAUCAAGCUGUGUUUGAGAUAGAGACAGGAACAAAGCUUUAUGUUACCAAUCUAGAUUAUAAAGUCUCUGGAGAAGACAUUAAGCUCCUGUUUUCACAAUUUGGUGAUAUAAAACGUUAUACGAUCCAUUAUGAUAAUACUGAUGAGGGAGCAGUGGGAACAGCUGAAGUUGUUUACUCUCGCCGACAAGAUGCUUUAGCAGCUUGUGAAUGGUAUAACAACAGUAUGCUUGAUGCAAAACCAGUUAAGAUGGAGUUUGCUGGCACAAACAAGGUGACUCGCCUUCCUCCUAUUAGUAAUUGUUCCAGUGAAGCCCCCGUUAGGCGGCAAGGGAAAAAAAGAGUGCGUGGGAGAGGACGAAAUGGUGGUGGAAAAAUGCUUUUGCAGAAGAUCUUGAUGCUGAUUUAGACAGGUACCAUAAUGAAGCAAUGCAACAGAGAAUUUGAUGGAGUUUCCUCCUAGCGUAGGGUGCCAUUCUUGGGUGAAGGCAGCUUGGUCCCUGAUACUUUGUUUUGUUGGAAGUGUUGGUGUGUGUAGUAUGCUUACAUUUACUGUGCAUCAAAUUUGGGAUCGAUGAUUCAUAAUGCUACCACUUAAUUGUUAGUGAUAUCAUAUCAUCAUAUACAUUAAAGGGAGGUCUCCCUUUCCCUAAAAUUUGUGUUCCAUCUCUUAAAUUUUGUAGUGUCAUAUGUGGAGUAUUAAUGGAAUC